CCUCCUUCUACCGCCGCAAUUGACCAGCUUGCUCCUUUCACUUGUCCACGCUUCCCCACGUUCUUAUUCUCUCGUCGACCAGCCUUCGCUUCGCUACAUUCCCCCCUAACGCUGUCAUUCACUGUCCGCGUUCGCUCACAGCGACGAUCCACCCGCGACCAUGCACCUCGAAGCUCGACAAAGGUAACAAUACCAGACGCCAGAAUAUGUCAGGCCCCUCCAGCGAGGGCCGGCCUUCAGUAUCUUCCGAACCGUCGGCUACAUCUUCGCAUACUCUAGGCGUGAGGUUCUCAGGCAGUUACGGAAAUAAUGGACAAGGGAGCUCAGCGCAGAGGCCGAGCCUCGCUGGCUCAAGGAACAGUAGCGGCUCAGGACAAAGCGCGCAGGGGCCUGUAUCCAGACACGUGGGAGCAGAUCUCGAGGCUGAGUCUUUAGAAGGGCAGGACUUCGCGCAUCGCAGACAUCGGAGCAGAAGGUCUGGUGGCUUUCUGUUGGAUCCGACAUUUCCCACAGGCCCGAGGAGCCGAGACCGGCAUCAUACCGAUGUCCGUGGAGGAGAUCCAAAAGGAAAGCGCAAUGUGCAUCCCGUCCAUGGGGUUGAUAGCAGUGGACACCAAGAGCGAAUCGGAGUAGGGAACCGGGGCCCGUCGAACACCUCGCCCUUGUCCCAAGGUGUUGUUAUGGGGGAUCGAGGUGCUGCAGAAGACCGGACCAGGACCGAUUCUGCGAAUGGACAAGGGCAUGGCAGUGGGGAGCUCCGCAUUGCGAAAAACAGGAACAGUGUCCAUGAAUUCAUUUCUGCUACCAACGGAACGGACUCCAGCGAAGGACAACCGCGUGUGGCAAUAGACCCAAACCAAAUCGUUCAUAUGGCCCUGAAUCUUAGCGAAAGCCGGAGACGAAACUUGAGCGCUGGUCAACUAAUAGCCCCUCCGAAUCCAGGCUCAACUCGAGUGGCUUCUGUUGCAAUUCCACCGGGUGGGAGCUUCCGAAACUAUGGGGCUGGCGGUAGUCUAAGGCAGUAUCUCAACGAACAGCGGCGGGUAUCCCGAAAUAUUUCCCCGAGUGCAGGACGAAACUCUCCUUCCGCUUUACGCCACCUCUCCACCUCUAUGCCUCGUAGUGCUUCCAUGUCCUUUUACGGACAGCCAUUCAGCCCCUCAGAAAGUACGCUUGCCCGAAGAGAUAAAGCUCGGGCAUAUAUCGAACUGAGAGUCGAGUACCUUCGGUUACUGGAGUACUUGCCGCCGCUGAAGCCCGAUGCAACCGCUCCCGGAAAUUUUAUCGUUUCCGCUACCAAUAUGCCCGGCAGUCCGCAUGCGCAACUCACACGGACGCCGUCGCAUGCGGGUAGCAAGUACGAACUUGGCCGUGUGUACAAUCCACUCCAGUACAUUCGAAAUCGAAGGAGCAGAGCUCGAGAAAGGAAAGCACUACACCAUGACCCAGAAGAGUUCUUGGACAUAGACAAAGUCCGAGAUUGGGUGGACAAGGUGGAACAUGAAUCUCAGCGUCCAGGCUAUCGCCAACAGGACGGCGUCAUAUUGCCCCUAUAUCACAACGAACACCACCAGAAGAAAAAUGGUCCCAGCAAGCCUCCGAGACCAAGGAUGGGCUGGGUUGUUCACUCUGAAGAGCUUCUCGCUGAUGCACACUGGCUCGAGCAAGAGGAUAACAAGAUCUUAAUCGAGGACCAUCAUGGUCGCAAGAUAUUCCCUCCCAAGGAACCACCUCGACAAGACUUCCUUCAACCGCGUGCAAGCAAGGAAUAUCCUGAGAAGAGAAGGAGAAGUUGGGUUGAAGGCCUGCCUCGUCUGUCUGCCGAGCUUGGGACCGGGGACGAGAGUGACCCUACCAGCGAGCGCGGUCGCAAACGGAGGCUCCUUCCAGCCUUCCGAUCAGAGAGCCCAAAGCACAAAAAACAUGGUUGGCGGGCUUCAAGACCUCAGUCUGGGAGCUUCACCGAUUCCUCUGACUCUGAAUCGGGUUCACAGAAGCGUGGGUCUAGGAAACCGCGUUGCGUGAUAGACAUAAACAACAACACGGGUCCGCUUGAACUACGCAUGAAGGAGAUGAUAGAGAAAGAAGCAGAAGAGGCUAAGAUGAAUCAUUCUAACGUCGUGUCGCCCGAUACGCCGAACAAGUGGGGUGAGGGCUAUCCCGAUAUUGUGAACAGUAACACUGCGCGAGAAUCUUUGGAAAUGGCGGAGAUACCCAAUGGGAGUGCCCUAAUGGAUGCUGCGGUUAAUCUGAAACUUCCCCUAAACACAAGGCGAACGGAAGUUCUGUUUUCUGACUCUGCAAGAGAGCCGAGAUCCUCAUUUGAAGAUCUUGAUACUACAGCUCCGAACACGCCCAUCUACUCCAACCUUUCCCCUUACAUUGGAGCUGACCUUUCUCCUCCUCCAAGCAGGGCCGGAUCGGUUUCAAAGAAACCAAAACGCAGCAAACUGGACAUAUUUCGUUCCGACGAGAGCACGAAAGAUAAAAAACGCGGUUCUCGACAGGCAAGCGAGGAGGUCGCAGAAGGUAAUGCCUUCGGAAGCGCAAUAUUCUCAGCUCCUGGUGCGGUAAAAAAUCUUCUGGCGCACAGGAAAAAUGACAGUGUUAGUAGUCUAAACAGCCCAGAAGGAGCUCAAAGAAAGGACAAGGAUGCAAAGGAUCCCGGCUCUGCUGUAAACAGGUUUUUCAAAGGGGUCAAGAGCGAGGGGUCCAAGGUCGGGGGGUUCAUCUUCAGAAGAGAUCGUCCAGUUGAGUAUACCGACUCAGAGUCCGAAUUAAGUCAUCCUCCUGUUGAUGAAUCGGAUACGGGUGAGGAUUCAGCUAAACCGAAACACAAACUUCGUCCAUCGUUUGCGCGCAAUAACACGGGUACCACAAUUGGGAGCAUGGCAUCUCAGAACAAUAGCCGCUACCAUCUUGAGCUACCCUCAUUCCGCUCUUCUAAUCAGCCCGACAUAGACAAAGCAUAUGCAACUGACUCACAGCUAUCGGAUCACAUCACUCGUCAAACACGAGACCGGGCGAAUAACCGCUCUCCACGGUUUGAUAGGCUUGCUCCUCCGCGUAUUGACCUUCGAUCUAUAUCAACAAAUUCUUCCCCCGGCCCAUCCCGACCACGUUCACCUGGUGCAGGUCGAGAGCGACUCAACAGAACCCUUGAGCGUCCUGGAGGAGUUGGGCGAGGAGGCCUCCCAUUCACACCCCUUGCAAACCCGAAGAUAUUAGAUCAUCCCAGCCGACAAAGUAGCACCUCUCGACCUACACUCGAAGGCAAACGUCACUGGAGCAUUACCGAUGAAAGUGGCAAUACACUUCAUCGCAAAGUAUCCACCACUGGUAACACGAUCACCCAGGCUGAUAUUGCUCGCGUUCGGGCCCUGUUCCUUUGCUCUGGGAUUAAGGCAAGGGAGAUUUUUCGACGAGCUCAAGAAAAGCGGACUUGCAAACCACCAGCCUUCCUCAUUCGCGCAGCAAGGGUUGCAAAUGCGGAGUUGAUCCCGAUUCCGAGGAAGGAAGAACAUGUUUUAGCAGCACGCAUGCUCACCAGAACUCUUGAAGCUUCAACUCAAGCCUUGCACAGCUCUGCCGACGAAUUCCGCAGUUCCAGCGUACCAAAUCUUAUAUCUACCAUCAGGGACUUGAGAUUUCGAGUCGAAUCAGAACUCUUUCCAAGGGUUCGCAGUAGUGGAGACGAAGCUGUUAGAAUUACAAACGAUGUUUCAGGAACAGCGCCGCUAGCAGUGAAACAAGUGAGCGAUGAGAUAGAGAGAAUGAUCCGUAUGAGGAGGCGAAGAAUGAGAUGGGUUAGGAGAGUUGGUUGGGUGCUAGUGGACCGCUUGUUUCAAGACUCCGUUCGCUCCUUCGAGGCACAGAAUCAUGCUCCAUUGCCCCCAACUUCGCACUGUCCCAAUGGAUCGGCUUCCCUAGCUUCGAUUGUGUCAGCCUUCGUACCAACAUGGGUUACAGCAAUGGUGUUUAUUGCAAUAUUCUGCGCUGUCAGACAUCGGUACCCUAAAAUUUAUGCACCACGGACUUACAUUGGGACGAUAUCAAAAAAAGAUCACACGCCGUCAGCAAGCCGCUCGUACUUCGAUUGGAUCCACACAUUGCGAGUGGUACCCGAUAAGUUCACACUCUAUCACGUUUCACUUGAUGCCUAUCUCUUCCUCCGGUUUCUGAGGACUGCCAUCUUCAUUUGUGUUGUCGGCUGUUGUAUAACAUGGCCGGUUUUGAUGCCAAUUAAUGCUACCGGAGGAGGCACAUCAACCGAGCUAGACAAGAUUUCUAUUGGAAAUGUUACCAUAAGGAAGCGCCUCUAUGCACAUGCCGUAAUUGCGUGGGUCUUCUUCGCAUUUGUCAUGUUCACGGUCGCCCGAGAGCGGCUUUGGCUCAUUGGGCUUCGACAAGCCUGGAGCCUUUCGAAAUCGAAUGCGAAGAGGCUGUCGUCUCGCACCGUCCUCUUCCUCUCAGCACCGAAGGAGGCUCUGGAGGAGAAGAAUCUUCAGCGCUACUUUAGCGAUGAUGCAGUUAGAUGCUGGCCUGCAACUAAAGGUGGGGCACUGGAAUCUCUAGUUAGCGAUAGAAAUGCGCAAGUGAAGCAGCUUGAGGAUGCGGAGAUGACGCUAAUACGGAGGGCCAACAAGAAGGGAAGGAAGGGCAGGAGAAAUAAUGAUGAUCGGAAUGGGAACUACACAACGUAUGCCGAUCUUCCUGAUCCCUUGAAAAAGUCCUCGAGGCCAACACAUUGGCUCAAGACACCACCCGAAGUGGGAAAGAGGGUCGACAGUAUUGAAUGGCUGCGAGGGCAAAUUAAAGAGAAAGAGUCCGAUAUACAGAAGACAAGAGAAUCAUACAAGAUCCCAGAGAGCCAUGGCGCAGCAGCCGUCUUCGUCGAGUUUGGCACUCAAGCCGCUGCCCAGAGAGCCUGUCAACAAAUUGCGUCUGCAAAGCUACUGACUUUGGAUCCGAGAUACAUUGGAACAAUGCCUAACGAAAUCAUCUGGGAGAACUUGACAAUACCACCUGCUCGCCGCAUAUCCCAAGAAGGAAUAGCCACAGGUUUGGUGAUUGCAACCAUCCUCUUCUGGUCCAUCCCUGUCGCAUUUGUCGCCGCAAUUUCCAACGUUACUUAUCUUGCGGAGAAUUACCAGUGGCUCAACUUCUUGAAAACCCUUCCAAAAUCGGUUCAGGGGCUGUUGACGGGUCUUGUACCUCCCUUGCUCACGAGUUUACUGAGUAAAUAUGUGCCGAGUAUCUUUAGAUACGUGUUCAAAUCCUUUGGCGAACCCACAACCACCUCGGCAGAGCUCAAAGUCCAAAAAUGGUACUAUGUGUUCCAAGUCACGCAAGUCUUCCUAGUAACCACACUAUCAUCCGGCGCUGCAGCCGUCGUUUCCCAGAUCGCCCAAAAUCCGACCUCUGUCCCCGCCCUGCUAGCUAAGAAUCUGCCUACGGCAUCGAAUUUCUACCUGACGUAUUUUAUCGUUCAAGGCAUUACUAGCUCAUCGGACAAUCUACUGAACUACUCAGAUCUUCUACAAUACUUGUUCUUCGACUUCUUUGUUGACAAGACUCCGAGAGAUAAGUACAACAGGUAUACGAGUUUGAGGGGAAUUGCUUGGGGCAAGGUGUUUCCUAAGUAUACCAACUUUGCCAUCAUUGCUAUUGCGUAUUCCUGUAUUGCUCCUCUCGUUCUAGGUUUCGCAGCAGCCGGUCUCAUAAUGUUCUACAUCAGCUACCGCUACAUGCUCCUCUUCACUAUCCAACCGAAGGUCGACACCAAAGGCCACUCUUACGCUCUCGCACUCCAGCAAAUUCUCACAGGCAUAUAUCUCGCAGAACUCUGUCUGAUUGGCCUCUUCGGGAUCCGCAAAGCAACAGGACCGUCCAUCAUGAUCGCCGUUCUCUUCAUCACUACCGUAAUAUAUAAUGCAGCGAUGAACCGCUACCUAAUGCCGCUCGAGAAAUACCUCCCGGCAGAUCUGGCCGCAGAGCCCGAAGACGACUCUGACCAAACCCCGCUUCUCUCGUCCGCAGAACAAGGCGAAGCCCCCCACUCCUCAGAAUCCCAUAUCCAGCGCCUAGGCACCCAAGCACGUGUCCCACCCAAAGUCCUCGGCCCCAUUGCGCGUUUCUUCGAACCUCAUAUUUUUGCCUCCCAUCGUGCUAUGUCGGUUUGGCUUAAAGAUGGAGAUUUCGAUAAGGAUGACGUGCCCGAGUAUAAGGAAGGGGAUUUGAAAAAGGUGUAUCUGAACCCGGUGUUUACGAGUCAAACGCCUUUGAUUUGGUUGGCGAGGGAUGAGAUGGGGGUUAGUGAGAAUGAAGUUAAGGAGUGUGAGGAGGGAGGUCUAAAAACGAGUGAUCAGGGGGCUUGGGUGGAUGGGAAGGGGACGGUGAAGUGGAGCGUGGAGGAUUUUUCGGGGAUUCCUAUUUUCAAGGAAGGUAUCAGAUGGUAAAGCCUUAUCUUCACGGAGAAAGAAGCUUGUAAAAGGGUAUUUGCAAGCCUUAAGAGACUGGUUUUAGGGUUGGUGGUGUUUCGAACCCAGGGGUCAAGGGCAAAUAAAUCGGAGGAAUGAAUGGGUGCAAUGAUAACAAAUAACACUCCACACAUCCAGGAUGUUAAUUCAGAACACUGAGCAUGGCGAGGGCAGGUUCGAUCUAUCUAGCCUCUUGCUCGAAGUAGGG